UUGGCAGCUCAACACCAACGCCAAUACCCACGACCAACCAACCAUCAGAUACAAACUCAGACAUCAUUACCAAACCACUGGAACGAUAGAGAGGAAAGAUCUGUAACCCCGACUGACGUUCAAUUCACUCAGGGUUUCCUAUUCCAAGAUGUUUUUUUCUUCCGAGAUGCUCUCCAAGCGAGGGCCACUGGCUAAGGUUUGGCUGGCUGCCCAUGUAGAACGCAAAGUCUCAAAAGCACAAACCCUUCAAACCUCCAUCCCAAGCACUGUCACCGUCAUCCUCGAGCCUGCUUCUACGAUGGUCUCUGCUCCUCCCUUGGCCCUUCGUCUCUCUGGCCAACUGUUACUCGGAAUAGCCCGAAUCUACAGCAAGCAAGCCAAAUAUCUCCUUGAGGACUGUAGCGAAGCUUCGGAUAAGAUCCGCUCCGCCUUUCGUUCAGAAACCAUUCAGUCCAUGAUCGAUGAACCGGCUGGGGAAGACCAUCUCAUCUUACCAGCUCAACCUAAUGUCACCGGGCGUGAUGCGAUCAAUCUCAGAAGUGCUGCCAACCGAGACUUGUUUGAUUUUGAGCUCGAGUUUGGUGAAGGUUUCGGCUAUGGCUUUGGAGACGGCUGGGAGGACGUCAAUCAAGCGAAUGGGACUAAUGAUAUCGUUCCAAUCGUCAGCACGAGUAGGUCGAGAAUUGACGGUAAUCUUGCCGAUAUCACUUUGACUGAGCAUCAGUCCUUCAUGCUUGGCGGCGAUCAGUCGGAAGAAAGGCUGGAUGAUUUAAGAUCAGAUGAUAUGAACUUGAUGGCCGAUGCCGAUCCACUCGACCUCGGCCUCGUUUCAGCAACAGAAGGCUUAGAUUCGGAAGCUAGAGCACACAGAAGAAAUCGCCAAACACGCAACGGUUCCACCAUUGAGGAAGAAGGACAGCUAGCUGAUGAAACCAUGGAAAUGGAAGUGGGUCGUGAUGCUCCAGGAACGGCUGACAGGCGCAGUGCACGGGAUUCUUUAUUACCGGAACAACUGGGUGAUCUAUCGGUCGACAAGAGCUAUGACGUGCCGUCCGGGAUGGGUGAUACUAGUUUUGAUCUUGGAGGCCCCGCGCCCGACUUUGAACCGACCGGACUAGAUGUGGAACCUGGUGUUGAUCUUAACCAAGAUACGGGCAUCCAAGAUAUCACCAUGGCAGACGGCCAACAAGACCUUGGGGCAGGUGAUGGUCAGAUGACGCCCCGUGCCACAACACCUGUGCCCAACCCUAUGCUCGAUCAACUUGAUGUUACCCCUCGUACCUCUCAUCAUCUCGCUCCUCACCUCACCUCACCAGCCGUCGGAGCAGAGGGAGAUGAUCAACAACCACCUAAAAAGAAGAAAAAGCAUCAACUGGUUGAUCGUGUCACCGAGCUUGCAGCAGCCGACCAUCUCCCCUCUUCAUUAAACACUGGUAACGACCACCAAAGCACUCUGGAUCCGCCUAGGUUUUUACCCAAAGAUCGUUACCAACUUCAGCAUCAUCGCAUAAUGCUCGACCCCUCAUGUCAUGAGUUUUUACCUCAACUUUUGGAUGUUGAUGGCGAACGCUGGCUAAUGGCCGCUCCAGCUGGUCUGUGUAAAGAGCUACAAGAACUAUUCAAGUUCCCGGCCAAGGCUAGCGCGGUUUCAGUCCGCGAACGAGGCAUGAAGAGGCUUCGAGAUGAUGAACAGGAACGAGAAGAGCUGGAGAGUGAACACGGCAGGCGAGCCCCCAGUGCUGGAAUCGGAGAGGGGGAUUUCAGCCGGAUUGACACCAUGGGAGAUGAGACCUUUGAUUUGAUGGGCCACCGAGAGGAUGACCAGGGAGCCCCGUUCGGAGCAGACGACGGUUUUCAAUUCGAGCUGGCUGAUAAGUCCCAUGCUGAGCAAGAAUCCUCCGCACCGAACGACCUGAUACAACCUAAUGAAGAGCCCAGAUUUGACGCCGACCUCGAACAGCCUCUCCCACCAUUACCUGCGGAGCCAGAGGUUCGACGUCAAAGGGCCGAAGGGGAAGUUUCCAAGUUGGACGUAUUUGAUGACUCGGGUGACACUCAAUCUCAAUCUCAAGCCGUCGAGUCAAUCGAGCUGACCGGAACGGCAAAUCGAACCAAGUGGAGUAAGAACACUGUCAAGGCUCUUACGGUCUUGAAGACGGAACUCGCAGACGGACCUGACGUGCUCAAAUUCAAAGAAGUGUCCGAUAAAGCAAGCAGACGAGCUGGUGCUGCUUUCUUUUUUGAGCUGUUGGUCUUGGGGACCAGAGAUUGUUUAAAACUAAGCCAAUCCGAGCCAUUUGGGGAAAUUGAAGUCGAAAGUCAAGAUCGAUUGUGGGAAGUUUUGGAAGAACAAGCUAUUUAACUCUGAUUGGUGUUGGUUUACCAUCAAGACUUACACUAAAUUUACACGCUUUCUUGACAUUUAUCUUAAAAAGUCAUGAUUAAUUCACAUAUUUACAUUCCCAUCAAGCGAUAACAGAAGUGUAUUAUUGGUGUGGGUUUUGAUUACUGUUCUGUUUUAGCUUUUUUUUUUAUCAAGUAUGAUGUUUUGUAGGAGUUGAUGAUGUAGGUUAUGUAGUAGCUUUGUGAAGUGAUAAGGAUCUAGUGAUAGUUGAUGUUUGUAUACCUGGAACUUAUGUGUGGCAGAAUCAAAUAUCUCCUUAUCUCCUUAAAAUGGUGAUGAACAUUUGAAAGUAUUAACUGGAAUUAUGAUAGGAAUUGCAUGUGC